AUGGCGAUGGCGGGGAAGGUCGACAAAAACUCUCUGGAGGAGCACCUGGAAAAGUUCGUGGAGAACAUCCGGCAGCUCGGCAUUAUCGUCAGCGACUUCCAGCCCAGCAGCCAGACCGGUCUCAACCAGAAAUUGAAUUUCAUGGUGACGGGCUUGCAGGAUAUUGACAAAUGCCGGCAGCAGCUUCACGAUAUCAGCGUUCCCCUGGAAGUUUUUGAAUACAUAGAUCAAGGCCGCAAUCCUCAGCUUUACACUAAGGAGUGUCUGGAGCGAGCUUUGGCUAAAAAUGAGCAAGUAAAAGGAAAAAUUGACACAAUGAAGAAAUUUAAAAGUCUAUUAAUUCAAGAACUGACAAAGGUGUUCCCGGAAGACAUGGCAAAGUACAAAGCCAUUCGAGGAGAAGAUCCUCCUCCUUAAGCUGGCCUUUGAUAGCUCUAAAAACGUCAAUUCCAUAAACCGACGCCACUCUAUAAACACAUUGAUUGGAGCGAGGGAGAAUCCAAGCCUUUCUAACAGCUGCACUGAAAAUGGCAGUGAUGGAGACUGCAGAGGAGCUUGGUGGUUGCUGUGGGUUCUGGUCUGAAGCUACAGAAUCUUGCUGGAGAUCUUUCCUUAAAGAUGGCAGUUGAAACUCCCUAUGGUCAUCUAUUCUUCUUCCCUGGAAGGUUUUGGAGCUGUUAAUUGCCUGCAGGUCAUCAACGCAUAGCACUUCCCACAAAGUGCGUUCCC